GGCCCAGGAGGCUGACUUUACGCCAUGCCGCCAUGGGCAGGCCGCUCACUCUCUCGUGUCAACCUAGCAGUGGUGGACCCGAUGUGCAUCGAGGGAGAAGGGGGUUUGUUUCGUCCGCAUCUCACUCUCCCCAUCCGAGGCCGGGACAGGCUCACAGGCAUCAGCUUCCCCUCGAUGCUCCGCCUGGAGCAAUAUCUCCGGUUGCUGCCGGCGACCACCCACGCCACAGCGCCCGCGUUGAUCUCGGCUUCCUCUUCCCUCUCCUAUCCUCUCCCGAACCUCAGCGCCCUCCGGCUCCCCCGCUCGCGUCCUCCCACGCUCAGAGGCAAAACGUCGAGCGCCGUGCGCGCCUCGGCAGGGCCGGACGCUACGGUGAAACGCGCGCCCGAGAUGGCCCAGCGGGAGGUAGCGCGGGCGGUCGCGGAUCAGGCGGUUGCGCGUUUGGGCGCGCGGCUGCUGCCGUCCUCGGUGCCUGCCGACGUCGCCGAGUUCCGCAACGGCGCCGGGAAUGCCGUCGGCUCGCUCGACGUGCACCGGGGCUCGCCUGGCUCGUCGAUUGAUUUCAUGUUGCAGUCCUCGCUUCAUUGUAAAGUUCCAAAUGGUGCCAUUGACAUCACCUCAAUUCUUAUUUUCCUGAAUGCCUCGACAAAUGCACCACAUUUCCUUUUGGAGCUUAUACAAGGCAGGUCAACUUCAAUCGUGGUGAUUUUGGACCUGCUUCCCCGAAAAGAUCUCGCGUUCCACCCAGACUACUUGCAGAAGUACUAUGAAGAAACUCGAAUGGAUGAGCAGCGUGGAAAGAUCGAAGAGCUACCGCAGACUCGUCCAUACAGAUCUCCGUCACUCUUUGUGCGCAGCGCAUGCUCACCUACAGCAAUAAUGGUCAACAUUGAUUGUGGACAAGGAGGUGAGAAAGCCUUGGAAGAGAUAAUGCAUGGACAAUUAGCAACAGUCAUUCAGGAGGUUCUUCAGAUUUGGCUUGACAACUGUGCUGAUUCCACCACAGAAAUGGAUGAGGUGGAGAGGGACUGUUUGCUCAAGAGGGACCGGAUUGUAAGGUCGAAAUCGAUUGAGGUUGAUCUCACUGCAAAUCUUCCGAGGAUGUUUGGUCCAGACGUGUCCAGUCGGGUCAUAACUGAAAUCCGUAAGGCCUUUGGUGUACAAGAGCCCUAAGUCCUUCAUAAAUACAAGCAUGUACUUAGUUUAUUGUAGAGAAAUGUUGUUAUGAGACCAUAACCCUCUUGUUUGAACAACUGAAAGUAUAUGUGAUAAGGUGUGUAUAUAUACUGCCGAGUGAUAACUGAGAUGAUGAUGUAAGCGAGCUAUGCAGGUGAAGAUGAUCAAAUGUUAGGACAAGGUUUCCAGGAACAGAGUCUCAUCAUAGUAAGGUGUUCCUGCUGUAUUGAAUGGAGCUCUGUAUUUUGCCGCAUCUUUGUCCUGUGUGUGAGGUGGUUCCAUGUCAAAGCCGCAACUCUUGAAAACUCAGAUGCAUAUGCCUGUGGUAA